AUGAGAACUCUGUGGUACAUCCUUUGGAUUGCAAUAUGCGUCAUGGUCUUCGUCAUCAUCCCUUUCUCCAUCUUCUUGUACGAGGGCGAUGAAGAAAAGGGUACCGGAAAGCGGGUAUUGCUCGCGAUUUUGUGGUGUCUCCUGUCCGUGUUUGUGUUUGGGGGGCUCUUUGGGAUUCUUUAUGGUUUCGUUGGUUACGUGGAGUAUCCUGUAAAGAGGCUGGUCUCUGCGACUAUUCCCAUGACGAACGACUUCAGUUCGCUUGGUAGUCAAGCUUCCUGUGUUUCCUUGUAUAAUACCGGUCUGGGCGCGUGUUCUUCUUAUGCUUCCCCUCAAGGAUCCAAGACUACAUGGACACUGAGGGCGCUUUUUCAUUUGGAAGAGGAUGAAGCUGAGCUUCGAGAAAGAUUUCCCCAAGGAGAGGAAGCAGAGAUGUUCUGGGCUAUGACAGUACUUCUUUACAUUGGGAAACUGAUAUUUGGAGUCAUUGGGCUUGCCAUUUCUGUUGCUUGGAUCGUGCAUAUUAUCUUAUAUAUGCUCAUACAGCCACCUGCAGCGGCUUUCCUGAACAAUUUUUUCAUAACCCUCGACCGGUGGUGGGGCCUGCUUGGAACAGGAGCAUUUUCGAUUUUUUGCUUUUACCUCUUCCUGGCUGUUAUAUCGGGGGAGAUGUACCUUGGUCUCAACAUUCUGAUCCUUUCAAUUCAUCCCAUGAGGUGGAAUGCUACCCUCAUGAGUUCGUUCUUAUUUAACGUGGCCCUCAUACUUUGUUGUGCAACGAGUGCAAUACAAUUUUGUGCAAAAGCCUUUGCUGCAUAUGCACAAGAAACAGCAGUGCAGGAGAUAUUUGGUCAUACGCUAGAAAAUCUUCAAGGCAUACGCUACUUAUACGUGUACGUGAAUUCAUCUCCUGUUUUUGAGGACUCAUGA